AUGUCUGGCCGCGCGCGAGGACCGCCAUCACCCCGACGACCGGCUCUACAAGAUGGGCACCAUAGAGCCAGUUUGGGGGAAACUGCAGACCGUGUUUUAGCACGUAUCGAAAAUCGUAGGCGAGAUUAUGAAGAGGCCCGCGCUCGUCGUUCCGCACAGUCAAACAAUAAUAUCACCUACAGUUCAAGCAGAGACCAGUCCACACGAAACUCACCAAGAGAAUCUCGUCCACUGGGUUCUUCGAGAAGUGACCUUUUCACACCCUCGCGUUAUUCCCGUUCAGGACGAGGUUCUGACCCGCAAAUUGAGGCACGCGGAAGCACUAUACCCCGACCCCGAUCAUCUUUACCUGACCGUCCUCGUCAGCCGGUGCGAGCUCGCAAUUAUAGCUCAGGUCCCGACGAAGAUGAUCUCGCAGAAUUGACUGAUGAGGAAUGGCGUUUUAUACAUGAUCGAGUCGACGAAGACAACGAAGAUGAAGCAGAGAUUGAGGAUCUUGACAUGCAACGUGCUCUACAUAGAUCUCAUAUGGAAACACAAAGCCUAGGUCACGGAGGGCUCACCUCGAUGGAAAGUGAUAACUCUUUUGUCGACGAUGGAGAACGAAUUGGCUACGGUAGUUACACUAGUUAUGGCAGUGAUUACGAUCCCUAUUCCGAGAGAAGCGAUGGCUACACUCGAAAUACUAGAUCUUCGGCACGAGCUAGGGCUCCCAAUCGUACAAGUUCCAUUUUCACUGCUCGUCCAUCCAAUACAGGAAAGCGAAGUGCAUUCCCUGCAGAUGGCGAAACCGACUGCCCAAUCUGCAUUGAGCGCCUUUACCCCCCAGGAUCCGACGCGGUCACCAUCACCGUUCCCUGCGAACAUGCCUUCCACUAUGAAUGUCUCCGCCGAUGGUUCGUCCGAGACAUUCAAAACAAAUGCCCGCUUUGCCGGGGAGAAGUUGAUCAGGUCCGGAUUGACGUUGAUACUAUCACAAGACCAAUCAGUGUUCAGCAUUUCUUAAGAAGACGACGUACAGGCGAGGAUGAUGAGAAGGGGGGGCAGCCUGAGCAAAGAUGGAGUACUCGGAUGAGUGGUAGAUCAGGAAACUCUUGGUGGGGGAGCGGGAGUUUCUUUUAG